UGUAUAAUGCAUUUACCAGCCGCAAUCACAUACAAACCGACUGAUUUCAAAACUUGAGCUCCUUGCCUUGGCGGAUCAGCACUCUCUCUCUCUCUCUCCAAAUUCUCUCUUCGUCCAGUUAGUCGCGAUCUCUGCUUCUACCAAUUACUCCUAGUAGUCCAAAGAAUGGCCAACGCAGCAUCUGGGAUGGCUGUGCAUGACGAUUGCAAGUUGAGGUUCUUGGAGCUGAAAGCAAAAAGAACUUACCGUUUCAUUGUUUACAAGAUUGAGGAGAAACAGAAGCAGGUGGUCGUUGAGAAGGUUGGUGAGCCGACCAAAAGUUACGAGGACUUCACUGCAAGUCUUCCUGUGGAUGAAUGUCGCUAUGCUGUCUAUGAUUUUGAUUUUGUGACUGCAGAGAAUUGCCAGAAAAGCAGGAUUUUCUUCAUUGCAUGGUCUCCUGACACAUCAAGGGUGAGAAGCAAGAUGAUUUAUGCAAGCUCAAAAGACAGGUUCAAGAGAGAGCUGGAUGGAAUCCAGGUCGAAUUGCAAGCUACAGACCCAACUGAAAUGGGACUUGAUGUUAUAAAAAGUCGUGCCAGCUAAAUAUGAAUUGCUGAUAUCUUACAGGGGAGAGCUCAGUGUACUUGUCUUUUCUUGGAUGAAAUGUUUAUAGCCUGUGGUAUGAAAUUGGCUAGAGACGAUACUUGCUACCCAGUGAAGUGAACUCAUAUUUGUCUUCUAUUUAUGUUGAAUGACAUUUAUGAUAUUAGUACAUGAUGUGAUUUACUGUUACUUUUAGGAUGUAAUCAUUGAGUGCUAUUACUUGUAGUCUGAUGUCUACAAGAUACCGUGUAACUGUUUGUGAAGAUCGCGAUAAGAGUUAAACACGCACAGGAACAUGUUAGCUUUUUCUGGUUUUGGGAUUUUCGAUUCGUAGUUAAUUGAAUAUGUGAUUUUGACUC